AUGGAUAUGUUCAAGGUGCUAGCUCGGGGCGCCAAAAUCAGGGGAAAGCACCAAAACGACUUAGAACUCUUUCGCCAGACCCCCAAAACCUCGUUUCGCAAAGAGCAUGACCUGGAGCGCAAGCUGCAUUUCUUUUCCAAGCCAGCUAAACGGACCGUCCAAGUCUCGAAAGCACCGGAAGACGACCUGGAUAACGUUGAGUUGGUGAUCAAUUCCGAGGAAGAUGCUGCCUCGCAUCGCGCUUCUCACCGCAUCAAAGUGACUGGAACAGAUCUGCCCCUUCCUAUCGCAUCUUUCACUGAUCUCGUUCGUUUGGCUAACCCCCAACCGCCUGUGCUACGUAAUUUGGAGCGUUUAGGAUUCAGUGACCCGACUCCUAUUCAAAGUGAAGCCAUUCCUGCUCUUUCGAACCACCGUGAUCUUAUCGCCUGUGCGCCAACGGGUUCGGGUAAGACGCUGGCGUUUGUGAUCCCCAUCAUCAAUUCGAUUGCCGCUAUGAAGAACAAGGGUGUCAAAGCUGUGAUUGUUUCGCCCACUCGAGAGCUUGCUACGCAAAUCUACGAGGUGGCUGUGCAAACAUCUAGGGGCCUGGACCUUUCCAUUGGAGUCGUAAACAAGUCACUGCUGGCCAAGUUGAGAAAUAACAACGCCGGUGCCAAACAACAUAUGGACCUCGUUAUUAGCACUCCUCUUCGCCUGAUCGAAGCCUUGAAAACCCAGUUACUCGAUCUGUCCACCACGCAAUUCCUGGUGCUCGACGAAGCUGAUCGUCUUCUUGGAGACGGUUUUGUGGAGCAGACUGAUGAAAUUGUCGCUUCAUGCACCAACAAUUCACUGGUCAAAGCUAUUUUCAGUGCUACCAUGCCGGCGAACGUCGAGGAUUUGGCCAAUAGUAUUAUGCAUUCCGCUGUUCGAGUAAUUGUUGGUUAUAAAGAAGCUGCAUCAGACACGAUCGAGCAGUCCUUGCAGUUUUGUGGCAAUGAGCAUGGUAAGCUCCAUGCAAUUCGCCAAAUGCUCACUGGAGGUGAAGUGGUACCGCCGAUACUCGUAUUUGUCCAAUCGAUUGCGCGUGCCAAAGCAUUAUUCCACGAACUGCUUUACGACAAGGUGAAUGUAGAUGUUAUUCACUCGGAACUCACCCAAAACCAGCGCGAUCGGGUCGUGAACAAUUUUAAACAAGGCGAUAUCUGGGUGCUUAUCUGCACUGACGUUCUCGCGCGAGGUAUCGAUUUCCACGGUGUGAACCUUGUUAUCAACUACGAUGUACCACAAAAUGGCCAAGCCUACGUGCACCGUAUUGGCCGCACGGGUCGCGCAGGUCGGAAAGGAAAAGCUGUGACUUUGUAUACAAAGCAAGAUGUGGCCACUCUUCGCCCUAUCUUGAACAUUAUGAAACAAAGCGGUUGCGAAAUCAGUGACUGGCUACUUGAAUCCACUCGACAACGUAAAAACAAACGCAACAUCAUUGAGCGCGAUCAGAUCUCCACAGUUCCACGCGUGUUCAAAAAGCAGCGCAAACGGAAGCAAGAAAUCAUCGAGGGCUCUAAAAGAAGAGCCCAAAAGUCCUCUGCAAAAGAAUAG